AUGGCAGAUAAAGUAAUCAAAGAAAGGAUUAAAAAGCGUGAGCGCAUGUUUGUGUCACUGAAAAGGCACGCGCAAUUUUUGGAAUCAUACAGUGUGGAAACGCAUAGUGGACAAAUAUCAAGCAGGUUGGAAAAGUUGGACAAAAAAUGGGAGGAAUUCGAAACCUUACAAGAGGAGAUUGCGGAUCUAGAUGAAAAUGGAGAUCACGAGGAAGAAAGUAACAGAGCUCACGAAAGAUUCGAGAACCAGUAUUUUGAAAUUCGUGCGGCGUUGCUCGAGAAAACAUUACCAACUCGCCCUGCAGAAAAUCUAGACACUACGAUGGGACGAAACAACAGCGGCAUGGGAUUGCAUAGCGGAGUUCGUUUGCCCCAGAUCACGUUACCGGAUUUUGAUGGGGAUUAUAGAAGCUGGCUGUCAUUCAAAUCUACUUAUGAGUCUCUCAUUCAUGAAUCGGUGGAACUAAGUGACGUCCAAAAAUUUCACUAUCUGAAGUCAGCGUUGAAAGGCGAAGCUGCAAAACUCAUCGAAUCGUUGACCAUCACAAAUGGCAAUUAUGCGAUAGCAUGGGAAACAAUUACAAAACGAUACUCUAAUGAAUACCUCUUAAAAAAGCGUCAUGUGCAAGCUCUGAUAGAAUAUCCAAAAAUUCAACACGAGUCGGCAAUUGCAAUUCAUGGCUUGGUGGAUGAAUUCGAACAGCGCUUAAAAAUACUAACACAACUGGGCGAAAAGACGGAGAGCUGGGGAGCAUUAAUUGUUCAUUGGAUGUGCUCAAAGCUCGAUUCCCAGUCUUUAAAGCUAUGGGAGGAUCAUGCGGCCUCGGUAGACGAGCCCACAUUUGCCGUUUUGAUUGCUUUUCUAGAAAAACGUACUAGAGUUUUGGAUGCAUUAUCGUCGAGCACUGUGGAGGCAGAAAAAUUUGAUCAAAAAACUACAAACAGGCGUCCAAGAUUAACUGUAAAUGCGGCUACAAGUAACGAACGACCAACUUAUAAAUGUCCAUGCUGCGGGGAUGACCAUUACAUGGCUCGAUGUGCUAAAUUCUUGAAAUUAAACAAUAAAGAGAGGUUGGAUCUCAUAAACGCUAAACGACUUUGCAGCAAUUGUUUUCGCACGGGUCAUUGGGUGCGAGAUUGUAAUUCGGCUUUCAACUGUAGAACGUGUGGUAAGAAGCAUCAUUCGCUGAUUCAUCCCGGUUUUCUAGUUAACGACAGUCAAUCAACAAGGCAGCCGUCAAACGAAGCGAGGGAAUGUAACGUAGCUACGGGCGGUGAAGACGAGGAAACAAUUGUAGACGAGGAGCAUCGCGUAGGAUCGUAUAGCGUCGGAACAAAGCAUGGUCGCUCGUAUGUUUUUCUAUCCACGGUAGUCUUGGCAGUACGAGAUCAGAAUGGUGAAAUGCAUUUAGCUAGAGCGCUGCUGGAUAACGGUUCACAGGCAAAUAUAAUGAGCGAAAGGUUGAGUCAGAUACUAAAGUUGAACCGAAGAGCGGUUAACAUCCCCAUCUGCGGAGUAGGGGAAAUGGAGUCUAAAGCUCGACACUUAGUCAGCACUCUCGUUAGUUCCAGAGUAACGGAUUUCUCAAUAAAUGUAGAUUUUCUCAUUCUUCAACGAGUGACGUCUGUUUUACCAGCAGCUAAUGUUUCCGUAUCAAAUUGGAAAAUUCCGGAGGGCAUUCAACUGGCAGAUCCAGAUUUUAACAUAAACAAUCAGAUCGACCUUUUAAUUGGUGCGGAAUAUUUCUAUCGGUUCCUUUACGAGCGACAGAUGAAUCAAAUUAGGUUGGGUCCUGGUCUUCCCAUUCUGGUGGAUACUGUUUUCGGCUGGGUGGUAUCGGGAAAGGCCACAAAGGAAAAGGCUACUUCUAUCAAUUGCUGUCUGGCCACAGCAUCGGAAAAUUUGGAAGGUUUACUCGAACGUUUUUGGGCGAUGGAGAGCUGUGAUGAUCGACCGGCUUGGUCGAAAGAGGAGCAAGAUAGUGAAGCUCACUUCGCGAAAACUCACAGCAGAUUGGACGAUGGACGAUACGUGGUACAGCUUCCGAAACAGCUAAAUUUCGACAGGAUGUUGGGCGAAUCUAGAAAUAUGGCGCUAGAUCGAUUUAUAAAAAUGGAAAAACGAUUGGAUCGUGAUUUAGAGAUGAAAAAACAAUACCAUUCCGUCAUACAAGAAUAUUUGGACUUAGGCCACAUGCGGAAAUUGUCAGACGAAGAAGUGCAACUUGAGUCUGAUUGA